GCGCUCGCAUAACUCCAGUUCGCGUCGUGACGGUGCUUGGCCUGUUACGACGGUUGCGCUGUCCCCGUUUCUCCUUUUCACGGCAUCACUCACUCUGUGACGAUACUGUUUCUAGGCCGCUAUGUCGUUCUUCAACUCUAUUGGCCGCUCCAUGCAGCGCAACCAACGGCCCCCAAGACGCUCGACAACACCCACUUCUGGCAGCUUUCCAUCGACUGACUCGCUUCCGCCCCCCACGCCGACGAGUCCCUCUGUGCCCAAACCGCUCUAUCUAUGCAGUCCGUUCGUAGAAGCCGCGCUGGUGAAGGGCAACUUCAAGACAAUCGUCAUGCUGCCCAAGUACGCGGACGUGAUGGAAUGGGUCGCAGUGAACAUCUUUGACUUCUACCAAAAUCUGAACCAAUUCUACGGCGUCCUCGCCGAGUGCUGCACGGCGCAGUCAUGCCCCACCAUGUCUGCAGGCCAAGGUCUCAACUACACGUGGAUCAACCAAGAUCGCAAAAACGUGCAGCUCCCCGCGCCCACGUACAUCGACUACGUGAUGACCUGGGUGCAGAACCUCCUUGAUGACGAGAACGUCUUCCCCACCAAGUCAGGCCGCGAUUUCUCGCAGAACUUCCCCUCAACCGUCAAGCACGUCUACCGCCAGCUUCUCCGCGUAUUUGCGCACCUCUACCACGCGCACUACCCCCAGAUCCUCCACCUCCGUUCCGAGGGCCACUUCAACUCCCUUUUCGCGCACUUCUUAGCCUUCGGCAAGGAGUACGAGCUCCUCGAUCCCAAAGACAUCAAAGGCCAAGCGGGCGCGCCCGUCGGCGUUGGGGCACUCUGGGAGAAGUGGAAGGAUAUGGGCAUCCUCGAGUCCUCAUAAGUGUUUGGAGCUUGGGGGACUAGUGUUAGGGUUGGUUUGCAUGCUGCAGGGGGGGGGGACGUCGAUAGAAUGGGUUUGGAGACGGCCGGUUCGUCAUAUACCACACACGCAUGCACAUUGGAGUGUCUCAGAGGACCACUCUCUGAGCGUGUAACAUACAUAUCAUGGAAAGACUUACCGAAGGGGUACUAUACUAUCGUGAGGCUCCACUUGCGAGCGAGACCAGUAGUAGUAGGCUAAAGGAGCAGCCCUUUCGGGCCAAGUACAAUCCGAUCCAGCCGGUUCACGAAAGCCAUCCAUAGGACAACUUGGGUGUCUUCCUCUAUGAUCUCCAACGCCCUGAUCGGGUACGUCACCCUCGUAGACGUUGCAGUCUGGCCAAGCACUUGCGGCUCCGGAGAGAAAAGCACGGUAUCCACGUCGCGGGGUGGGAGAGCUUGCCCCGUACGGAGAGACCAUAUGUGUAGUAGAUUGUCUCCUCCACCAGAGAACAGGAAGUCUUCCCCGGGAUCCACGGUGAUCCCAAGCUUUGACUCGAUAGUGGGCGAGAAUCCCCAGAACUGAAGGAGGGGGGUGUUCUUGCGAAGGAACCGCAUAUCGUGCGUUUCAAGCUCUCCCCGCAUGGUCCGGAUGACGAGUUCAUGCCCGUGGACGAUACGAAGGUAGUCAAUAGCCGGCGUCAUUUUCCACGCGGACGGUCGCUCCGCCAUGUUCACCGCCAAGUCCGUUUUGCUCCCCGGCUCUCUGGAAUCCCAGCGGUCGACAAUGCCGUUCCGCAUGCCCAUGUACGUGAUGUCCUUAUUAUGUUGGCAUAGCGCGAGUACGUCACUGCUUCUCGGUAAUCGGAUGUAGUCGUGCUUUUCGACGUCUAGGAAGCACACGGCAGCCUUCCGUCCACCUAUGAUUACUUUGCGGUCAAGCACUUGACCACACCAAACGUCGCUGCACACGUGUAUCGGCAGCUCUCGAACGGUCAAAACUCCUCCAGUAUGAUCGUUCUUGGUGAGAAGACGUGAGGGUGAGCCAAAAGACGUUGCCACGCAAAUAGGUCCUGAGCGAGAGAUAGAGGUAACCUGUGUCCGCAGGCCAAACCGGCGCUUCCCGACGUUAGGGUCAUCUGUCCGCACGGAGUACAACCAGCCCCAUGUGUCUCCGAUGAGGAUUUCUUCGUUCUCCUGCCAAGGGAUAGUUAGGGAUACACGAGGGAAAGGCGAUGAAGGGCGGGAUGUUUAGACCUUGGCGCAUAGUGCCGUUACCGGGCCGUCGAACUGCACUCUAGCUGCCCCCUCUGUCUUGGGCGUAUGAUUCGAGAGUUUUCCGAUCUGAACAUCAUGCAUGCAUCUCCUCCGGUAUGUGCCGAGAGGUGAUUCUUUGAGCGCGUUCAACGAACGCCAUACUGUGUUACGGGGUUCAGACGGCUCGGUGUCUUCCUCUUCGAGUCCUUGCUGCGCAUGCUGUCGUUUCCGCGGCG